UGACUGGUGGGGAAAGCCACGCACGCAAACACAUAAGUUCAUGCAAUUCCGCAGCAAAUCGAUCGACUUCUCUUACUCGUCCAAGGGUGUAGUGCGUAGUAUUAGCCGAAAAUUGAACCGUGACACUACAUUCAAUACCACAAGAGUAAGCAAGAAGUGUACGAGCAAAAUGACGAAACGUUUGGAAACCGUGGCCACUAUGGCUUGCAUGAAGACUCUACUGAUGCUCUUCAACUGCGUUUUCUGGGUAUUUGGCAUAUUGAUGAUGGUCAUUGGUAUUUGGGUGAGAAUUCAACUUCGUGAUUAUAUAGAUGUAAGUGCAGAAAGCAGUAGAACAGCUCUAUUGGCAUUAGCUAGUUUGGGCGCUAUCUUAACUUUGAUAGCAACUUUUGCCUGUUGCUGUACAACUCGUGGCCAUCCAGCUCUCUUAUACUUGUACGGUGCAUUUUUAGCUGUUGUUGCAUUAUUGGAACUUGCAGCUGGUGCAUCGAUUUAUGCUUAUCGUACCAAUUUAAAUGAAAAAUUUGAUCAAGAUCUCAAUGAAACCAUGUCUGUUUAUGGAUUAGAUGAGAGAAAAAGCGCUAAUAUCGACACUAUGCAAUCCACUCUACAUUGCUGUGGUAAUAGAGGUUACACCGAUUGGUUAAAUAUGUCUCCGCCAAAAGAAAUUUCGCUAUCAUGUUGUAAAGUACCAACGAAUAUAUGUGACACUAAUGACAUAAACAAUAUUUAUACACAGGGCUGCUACACUCGUGUAUUGCAUUUCAUAAAUGGUAAUAUCGGUCUGGUUGCUGGAAUAGCAGUUGGUGUAGCGUUCUUCCCACUUAUAGGCGUCUUCCUAGCAUGUUGCUUAGCCAGCAACAUCAAUAAAGUCAAGUACGAGCAGGUUGCUUAGAGUUUUCGUCGUUUGCAGAAAAACUCGCCGUAAGAAAAAUCCUCACACUUGGAAGAACGGCGUUUUAAAACAACAUCUCGAUUAUAUUAAUAAUUUCGAAACAUUGCACGAUUGCGUACUAAAAUUUCAUAAAGAACGAGACUGUUAACUUAUAGGUGCUGUUAACAUAUAGAUCAGAAUCAUUAUUUUUCUAUUAUGUUUAAAAUUAUAUGAUAUAAAUAUUAUAAUGUUGUUAAAAAAUGAUUAAAUUGUAAUAGGCCAAUUUUUUUUUCAAAUAACUUUUUUCACAUAUAUUUUGUGUCAUAUGUAUUUAUUAUGUAUGUAUUGAAACUUUUCAUUCAAAAUGCAUGUAAAGCACGUCUUUAAUAACUUGAAUGGAAAGUUAGCAUGUGUUCUAUCUAUAUAGAAUAUGUUAAAUAAUUAUUUCUUUUUUCCUUUUGAUUUUAUUAAAAAAAAAAAAGAACAA